UGGUGGUGGUAGUGGUCGCGGUGGUGGGUAGACUUCAACCUCGAUCCAGCAUCGCGAUACUUCGCGCGUUUAGUUGGCGCGCGGGGCCCCGGCGAUUGGGACGGCCAAUAGAGACACUCCGUGCAAGAAAAGAGAAAGAGAGUAGGGGACAAGAGACUCGGAUUGACGGGCAAGAGGAGGAAGAAGAAGAAGAAGAAGAAGAAGAAGAAGAAGAAGAAGAAGAAGACAACGACGAGGAGGAAAAAGAGAGAGAGAGAGAGAGAGAGAGAGAGAGAGAGAGAGAGAGAGAGAGAGAGAGUGACGAGCGACGACCACGCAGAGUGACGACGACUUAGACGAAGACGACGUAGGCGACGACCGAAUCUCAGUUUUUCGCAACUUCCCCGUUUUUCGCGCGGCCGUCUCGCGCGAGCCUGUAGAUUCUCGAGUCGAGUCUGCCGGGCCGACUGUGUGUGCAUCAUCUUCGUUGUCUGACUGUCGGGGCCCGGUAGGAAGUUGUCCCGCAGACAGGAAUAAGAGCGGCUGCUGCCGAGGAGGCAGGAAACUCUCGUGGCCGGGACUCGGCUCGCACGGACGGCGACGGGGAAAACGCUCAUCCUCCGUUCCUGGAUAACCUGGUAACCGGAGGUUACCUGGAGGAGAUACCUGUUCUUCAAUAUUCUCAGAGGAAUUCGGCGAACAACUGGCGGCGGUGGACGUCGGGCUGAGGAAAAAGCCGCGGCGAAAGCAGGUUGGAUGGUGCCGCGGGUCGGCGCCGUUUGAACCGACGAGCAGGCGAAGGGCGAAGGGUGAGACAAGUAUCUUCCCACGUGAGCACGUGAAAGGGUAGUUUCGUCGUCGGUAUAGAGACAGGUGCGAAGGCGUGCCUCCAGAAUGGGGGUCGCCGACGACUUCGCGCCCAGCUUCACCCAGAAGCCGCAGCUGCGGCAGGAGGACGACGGCAACCGGCUGAUAUUCGAGUGUCAGCUGGUGAGCUCGCCGAAGCCCGAGAUCGCCUGGUUCCGCGGCGAGACCGAGCUCAGCCAGGAUGACAGGACCAACUUCAAGAUGCAGAGCGUCGGGACCAACAAGUUCCUGGUGGUGCUCGAGCUCGACGACGUCAUCGAGACCGACGCCGGCCUCUACAAGGUCAAGGCGAAGAACAAGAUGGGCGAGGUCGCCGCCUCCAUCAAUCUCAACUUCAGUCCGAUGGAUGAGCCUAGAGAGAAACAAAUUGACGGCAUCGCGCCGACUUUCGCGAAGAAGCCCGCGAUUAGGCAAGAAGACGACGGCAAACGGUUGCUCUUCGAGUGCCGCAUCACAGCCGAUCCAACGCCAAAAGUCACAUGGUUUCACGAUGGGAACAUGGUCAAAGAUUCGCCAAGGCACAAGCUGACUGUCGACAAAGAUGGCCAUUCGUACUUCGCCACUCUGGAAAUAAAAAACGUGACCGUCGAGGAUGCUGGCAAAUAUAAGGUCACGGCGAAGAACGAGCUUGGCGAGUCUAACGCCACGAUUUCCCUGAAUUUCGACAGCGACGAGGCACCCGUACCGGAAGACGGUAUUAAACCGACCUUCACCGAACGACCGGUGAUAAGACAAUCCGACGACGGUAACACCAUCACCUUCGAAUGCCGACUUGUCGGCGAUCCGAAACCGAGUGUGAAGUGGUAUCACGGUACUGAGGAAGUGAAAGAAGGCGGACGGUUCAACACGUCCCUGGAACUCGAUCAGAAGCUAUACCACCUCGCGAGGCUGAGGAUCGACAGCGUGGCGAAGGGGGACGCGGGCGAGUACAGGGCCGUGGCGAAGAACAAGCACGGCCAAGGGGUGGCGACGAUUAAUCUGAACUUCGAGGGUGGCGACAGGCUCAAAAUACCGGACGGUAAGCCACCGCGCUUCCCGAAGAAGCCGACGAUCCGCCAGGAGGGCGACGUACUUAUCAUGGAGUGCAUCCUGGAGGCACACCCGGUACCGGACAUUACGUGGUACCAGGGUCAGAAAACGAUUACCGACAGCACGCGCGUCAAGAUGUCGCGCAAGGCCACUGGCAAGGACACGUACCUGCUGACCCUCGAGAUCUCGAACCCGACUAAGGCCGACGGCGGGAAUUACCGUUGCAACGCCUUUAACAACUUCGGCGAGAGUAACGCCAACAUCUCCUUAAACUUCCAAGAAGAGGGUGCGGGCUUCGCUCCGUCCUUCAUUGAGAAACCUCGCAUCAUCCCGAACGAGAGCGGCACGCUGAUCACCAUGAAAUGCAAGUGCAAGGCGAACCCCAAACCGGAGGUCACGUGGUUCCGUGGCACCAACGUAGUCAAGGAAUCAUCCAAGAUCUCGAUCAAAACGAAAACGCUCGAGGAAGACAUUUACGAGCUUAUCAUGGAGAUCAAGGAUCCAUCAGCACCUGAUGGCGGUACUUACAGGUGUCACGUGAAAAAUGAGUACGGCGAGAGCAACGCCAACCUAAAUCUGAACAUCGAGGCCGAACCAGAGCCGGAGGGAGACGGACCGACCUUCGUAGAGAAGCCGCGGAUACAGUCGCAGAACAAAGGCAAGCUCGUCAUCAUGGACUGCAAGGUCAAGGCAAAACCGAAGCCGCAAAUCGUAUGGACACACGCUGGCCAGGUUGUAAAGGAGUCUUCCAAGAUCUCUAUCAGUAUUGUGCAUGAAAAGGAAGACAUCUACUACAUUAAACUCACUCUGAACGAUCCUGGGCCAGAGGAUUCCGGCCUUUACAAGUGCAAUAUUAAGAACGAGCUCGGCGAACUCAACGCUAAUCUUACACUGAACGUCGAGAUUAUACCAGUGAUUAAGGAGAAACCAAAGGUGGUGAAGAUCGUUAAGAAAAAGACCGUAAUAGUCGAGUGUCAUGUUCUUUCCAAAUUCUCGCCCGAGUGCACAUGGUUCAAGGAGAAUCAGGCAGUUAAAGAAGACAGCAGGCAUAAGCUACACGUCGAGCAAGUCAAGGAAGGAGAAUUUGCCGUAAAACUCGAAAUCGAACAAAUGUCGACGACAGACAAAGGCGUGUACAAGUUGGUAGCACGCAACGAAAAGGGUGAAGCCACCUCGCAAGUAGUAGAAGUGACAGAAAUUCCAGACCAAGGUGAAAAGCCAAAGAUCGUUACUGGCCUGCAAUCAAUUACUGUCGAAGAAGGCAAAACGGUCGAACUCAUCGCUACUCUCGCAACACAAGAUCGAAAGGUCACUAUAACAUGGUAUAGAGACUCAACAGUUGUCAAAGCGUCAAAGGACAUAAUGAUCUCCUUCAACGGCCUGGACAUGAAAUUAACCAUCACUUCGUCAUCGACAGAGUUAUCGGGAACAUACAAAGUCGUCGUGAGUAAUGAAUACGGCCAAGAUGAAUCAUCGGCCCGUGUCGUCAUCAAGAAAAUGGAGAUUCUACAGGAAUCUCGAGAAACCACACCUAAACUCGAGAAAACCGCCGCGGCUCGCAAAGAGUCCAUCAGCAGGGUGGAGGAAAUUAAGCAGGAGAGUCGUCGCAGCUCGCUCAUUACGGCCGAAGGAAAGAUACUCAGUGAUGGCACCAUGACACCACGACGAGUUUCUAUUCAGAAGAUGGAAGAAGAAGUCAAGGUAGAAAGCAGGCGAUCUUCGACCAUAGAAAAGAAGAAAGCGGCCGUCGAAAAGGACACAUCGAGAAAUAAAGUACACGACAUUUCUAUGAGCAAGACACUCACAUAUAAAUUCGACCAAGUACCAAAAGAUAAAACACUCGAAACAUCAACGUAUAAAAUAUAUCCACAAAAGUCUGACAAGAAAAUUGAGGAUUUCUGGUCUAAGCCAACAAAACUUGACGUUGAAUCCAAGAAACCCGAUAAAGAUAUAUCGAAAGAUAAAACACCUUCAUAUGGUACACAUGACACACUCACAGCUAAAACCUAUCCAUACAAAUACGACGAAGAACCAAAAGAUAAAACACAUCUACACGACACAUUCACAGAUAAAAAGUCUUCAUUUAAAUCCGAAGAAAUGUUAAAGAAUAAAACACCCCUUAGUGACACGCGUACGGAUAAAAUAGGUCCACAAGAAUCUGACGAGGAAAUCGAGGAUAUUUGGUCCACUAAGCCAAAAGAACGCGACACCGCCUCCGGAAAAUAUGAUAAAGACAUAUCCAAAGAUAAAACACUUCCAUAUGGCACACGUACGGUCAAAAUGCAGCCACAAAAAUCCGACGAAGAAUCGAAAGACAAAAUACACCCAUCUGAUAGACUCGUAGCUAAGACACAACCACAAGAAUCUGACGAGAUAUCAAAAGACAAAGUAUACUCAUUGGACACACCGUCAACUAAAAUAAAAUCACGAAAGCAUGACGUAUCGAAAGAUAAAGCACAUUUACAAGAUACACCCGCGACUAAAACACAAUCACAAAAAUCUCCUGAAAUAUCGAAAGAUCAAACACGUCCACAAGAUACACCUCCAGUUAAGACACAGUCACGAAAAUCAGAUGAGGUACCGAAAAAUGAAACACGUUCACAUGAUACACCCACAACUAGAACGGAAUCACGAAAGUCUAUCGACGUGCAGAAGGAUGAAACACGUCCGCGGGAUACUUUUACAGCUGAAACACAACCACGAAAAUCUAACGAAGAUAAAACAUUUUCUCAAGACACACGCACAAUUAAAACACAACCACGAAAGUCUGACGAAAUAUCGAAAGAUAAAACAUAUCUACACGACGCACCCAUCGACAAAACGACACGUCCACAAGAAUCCGACGAGGAAAUUGAGGAUAUUUGGUCGACUAAGCCGAAGGAUAUUCCUUCCAGCAAAUAUAUUAAAGAUUCGCCGAAAACUACGAAUAGACUGUCUCCUCGUGAAUCUAACGAAGAAAUCGAGGAUAUUUGGUCCAGUCGAAAAGAACGUGAGAAUAGGCCACGCAAAAAUUACGAGGAUUCCCCUAAAAUCAAGGAUAAAUCUCCUCGUCGUCAGUCUGAUGAAAAGAUCGAGGACAUUUGGUCCAGUCGAAAAGAGAGUAAAGAUAAGCCACAGAAAAAUUAUGAGGAUUCGCUUAAAAUUAAAGAUAAAUCCCCUCGCCGUCAAUCCGAUGAAGACAUCAAGGACAUAUGGUCUAGUCGGAAGGAACGUGAGAGCAAGCCACGCAAAACUGACGAGGACACACCGCAAAUCAAGACUAUGCGACGUGUAUCGAAACCUGAUGAACAAAGCGAAGUCGAUAACGCGCCUUCGAGUAAACCGAAAACACGUGAUUUCAAAUCUACGCAAAAUAACGAGGACAAAUUGACGCCAAAGUCGAGAGGAUACGACGACAAAUACGUGCCACGCAACGACGAGGACACGUCGCGCUCCACAGACACACGACAACCACACAAAACACCACUCGAUCAAGAUGUCAAAACUUAUUAUACACAUUACAAUUAUGACAUUUGGGCACCGACGUCCACCGAGAAUGAACAGAAUUCCGUCACGGUCGACAAGGACGUUGUUUUGCCCGCCAGUAAACCGCAAACACACGAAUCCGACGACGAUAUUGAGGAUAUCUGGGCUUCGAGAACCGAGGACGAUGCGCCUAAAUCUAUUAGAAGGACGGAGGACUCGCGGAUUUCCAAAGUCGCGUCGUAUAAGAUCGAGGAUGGAGUCGAGGAACCUGCCUGUACAAAUGCAUCUAAACCUGCGACCAAAUCCAGGGGCAGUAUUAGCAAACUCAAAGAAACCACGGAGGAUGACAUACCCGAACACAAAAUAACCGACAGCAAACCUAAGAUCAGAAAUACACUUGAGAUCACUGACUCUACACUUGACAAAGAAGAAGUACCCAAGAAAAAGCUGACCACUAGACGUAGGUCGUCUACUAAGUCAACCGAGGGCUCAGAGGACCAAGAACCGGUAUUGAAACCAAAGAAGAAGAAACCUAAACCCGUGGAUGACGCUAAGAAAGAGGAACCGACCACAAAAGCGAAAACUCCCGGAAAACCAGAAACACGCAAGGAGGAAGCUAAGCCCAAAGCGGAAGAGGCGAAGGUGGAACCAAAAGCCAAGACCAAGGCAGAGGAAGUAAAGGAAGCGCCAAAGGCCAAGCUUAAGCCGGGAGAACCGAAGGAGGGACUGAAAAUCAAACCCAAAGCGGAAGAGGUAAAGGAAACACCAAAGGCCAAGGCCAAGCCCGACGAACCAAAGGAGGAACCGAAAGUUAAACCUAAAACAGAAGAAGCGAAGCAAACACCGACACUCAAGCCUAAACCGCAGGAAGACAAGAUCGAAGGAAUGCCUAAGGCUAAACCUGAGGAAGUCAAGGAGGCGCCAAAGGCUAAAUUUAAACCAGACGAACCAAAGGAGGAACCGAAAGCUAAACUCAAAGUAGAGGAAGCGAAGAAAGAGGAACCCGCGAAAACAUUCGCAACUAAGCCAGAAGAACCAAAGAAGGAAGAAGAGGUCAGGAAAAUGAGUCUGAGGUCUACCAAGCAACUCGAAGAGGAGAAGAAAGCUCAGGAGAAGGUCGAGCUUAAGCCGAAGGAUGCCACCGAUGCGAAAUUGAAACUCCGAAAAUUACCGCCGAAACAGGAAGUUAAAAAGGAAACCUUUCAGCAGAUUCAACUUAAGCCAGUCGCAAGAGAGCCGAAAGAGGCUCAGCAGGCUGAAAAGAAUGUUGUCGAGCUUAAGAAAACGGAGAAGGGUGAGAAACUGGAGGUGAAGAAGAUGAAAGUAUCAAAAGAAGCAAAAGAGGCGAGUUAUGAACUUCCGGAGAUCCCGGAUUACGAGAGGGCCGUCCUCGAGAAGCCUCAGGAGUUUGAUUUCGGCGAGUUUGUGCCUCGCGAUAAAACGAAACUCGACAGACCGGCUACACAGAAAUUCGAAUCUAAGCCGAAGUUACCGGAGAUCAAAGCACCCGAGGCACCGAAGAUCGAAGUUAUCAAGGACGUGACGCCGGUCGGUAGCAGGAAAGGCUCCUUAGCGCCCGGAAGUGGUGCCAGCAGUCGACGCGGUUCGCUCAUACCGCCCGAGGAAUUGGGUCGUAGACCUAGCCUGAUCAUCAGUGACGAGGAGCAUAGGAAGCUUCGUCCCGGCGAGGUGGUGGACGAGCGCAAGUUGGGAAGGUUACGGCCCGGUGAGGUGUUGGACGCAAAGACUAAGCCCGGCCGACCAGGCGCGCUGCAGGAGAAAGAGCGUCGUCGUCCGAGCACAGCGGACAUCAGAAGACCCAGCGUGGCGGACCUCGAGAAUAAGAUCAAUCAGCCUAGCACACCUCUGCGAGAUGUCGGACCAGCCGGACCACCCCAGAUCGUCGAUGUCCAGGAGUCGUACUCCGCCGUCGAAGACUCGACGGCGUAUCUCACCGUCGCGGUGGAGGGCACGCCCGCGCCAACUUUCAAGUUUUACAAGGGCAUCACCGAGAUUAUCGAGGGUGGCCGUUUCAAGUUCCUCACGGACACGGAGACCAACACGAUCACCCUCUGCAUGAGGAAGACGAAGCCCAACGACGAGGGCACUUACAAGAUCGUCGUGAGCAACAUCCAUGGCGAGGAUUCCGCCGAAAUGCAGCUCUACGUUUCCGACGCCAGUGGCAUGGACUUCCGCACUAUGUUGAAGAAGAGAAAGUACCAGAAAUGGGCGCGAGAAGAGGCCGAGCAAGAGAAGGUCGACUUGAAGGAAGUCGAGAAGCCCAUGCCAGCGUUGAAGAAGGUGGAAAAGAAACCGGAAACCUUCUUGAAACCACUGGUGGAUCAAUACGCCAAGGAGGGCAAGGACAAGAAAGUCACAUUCGAAGCGAACUUUUCGAAGCCGAACUGCAAACCGAAAUGGUUCUUCCGAAAGGACGAAUUGUUCUCGUCGGCCAAGUACAAAUUCAAAAACGAGGAAGACUGCUACCAGCUCGUCAUCAUGGGACCCAAAGUCGAAGAUACCGGGAAGUACACGAUUGAAAUUUCCGGCGUAUCCAGCACAGGCUUCCUCAACGUGGACGAACCGGAUCCAACUUACACGUUCACGAAACCGUUGUCGAAGAAGACGAGCGGCUUUACCAAACACGAAACUUACAUGGAGUGCACAGUCAGCUCCAAUAUGGCGCAGGUUUCCUGGCACAAGGGCAAAACGAAACUCGAGGAUGGAGAUUUGUAUAGUAUCUCCAAAGAUAUAUCCGGAGUAUGUCGGCUGACUAUAAAGAGCGCGACUCUUGAAGACAGCGGCGAGUACUCUUGCAAGAUUAGCAAACAAACGGACAAGACCGAUACAAUUCUCACUGUAAUCGAAUAUCCUUAUAAAUUCGUCAAGGUGCUGAAACAUCAGCAAUUGGUAGAAAAAGAGACGCUCACUUUGCUUUGCGAGUUGGACGAUGCCGCUGGUGAAGUCAAAUGGUUCAAAGGCGACCAGGCGAUUAUGCCUGAUAAGAGGGUGCAAAUCAAGGAAGAGGGUAGGAAACGAAAGCUCAUCAUUAAAGACUGCAAAGUCACCGAUGCCGGUCUCUAUUCUUGCGUGAGCAACGCCGACAAGACGGAAGCUGAAAUCGUGAUAAAUUACGCUAAUCGUUUCAACAAGAAGCUAAAAGACACAGUCGCAGUGGAGAGAGAGAAGUUGGUGCUGGAUAUCGAACUGCAGGAUCAAACAGCGCCAGCUAUAUUCUACUUCAACGGCGAAAAGAUCGAGCCGAAUGAGAGGGUGGAGAUCAAGAAUCUGGGCGGUGGUAAGCAUCAGUUGAUCUUCAACCGAUUGGAGAUGACAGACGAUGGCGAGAUCAUGUGCGAGAGUGGUCAACUGACCAGCAAUUGCAAACUUACCGUGAAGAAGGGAGAGAGUAAACCGAUCGCCGAUAUCCCCGACAAAAUCGAAGGACCUUGCAGCGCACCAUUGAUUUUUGUCGUGCCUUUCAAAGUCGAUGGCACCAAACAAAGUCAAGUGGAAGCGAAAUUGAUGAAGGAUGGCAAGGCACUACCUCUCAAAGACGUCGAAAUCAUCGUGAGCGAGGAUAAGAUCACGUACAAGAUCAAGAAACCUCAGCGCGAGUCGUCUGGAAUCUACCAGAUAAAGAUUAGUAACAAUCAGGGCGAAGAAGUGAAAGACGUCAACAUCGUCAUGCAAGACGUCCCGUCUCCACCGACCGACGUCGAGGUCAACGAGAUCUUCCACGACUCGUGCGUUGUGUCCUUCAAACCGUCGAAAGAUGACGGCGGCACACCUAUCACAAAAUAUAUCAUCGAGCGUCUCGAUCUCAGUCUGAAGGCGCAAUGGGACAACGUGGGUGAAGUCAUGCCAGGCGAAAAGUGCGUCUACAAGGUGACGGAUCUUGUGACGAAGAAGGAGUACAAGUUCCGUAUACGGGCGGUCAACAAACUCGGUUCCAGCGAACCUGCAUUGUUCGGCAAGCCCGUCCUAGCCAAGGAUCCAUGGGAUGAGCCAGGUAAACCCACGGAUGUCGAAGUCACCGACUGGGACAAGGACCAUGCUGACCUGACAUGGACGAAACCCAGUGAUGACGGCGGUGCACCGAUCACCGGAUACGUAAUCGAGUACAAAGAGAAGUUUGGCAAAGAGUGGGUGAAAGGCAAAGAGAUCGAAGGUGACAUCACUCAGGCAACUAUCGACGGUCUGAAGGAAGGCACGCAGUAUGAGUUCAGGAUACGUGCGGUGAACAAAGCCGGUCCUGGCGAACCGUCCGACGCCACCAAGCCGAUCAUAGCGAAAUCUCGAUUCGUCAAGCCGUACAUCAUCGGCGAUGGUCUCACCAAUAUGGUUAUCAAGAAAGGACAAGUUAUCAAAUACGACAUCAAGUACGCCGGCGAACCGGAACCAGAAGUACACUGGUUUCUGGGUCAGAAGGAGAUCUUCCAAGACGCAGCGGAAAGGAUCACGAUCGACAAGUACGAGAGGAACACUGUACUGACAGUCAGGAAGACUGUCAGAUCCGACUCCGGAAAGUACAAGCUAGUGUUGACAAACAGUUCCGGCACCUGCGAGAACCUCGCCGACGUCGUCGUUCUUGACAAACCAUCGAUUCCGGUGGGGCCCCUCAAAGUGGAGGAAGUUCGCGCUGAUCACGUCAAAGUCAAAUGGGACAAACCCGAAGACAAUGGCGGUACCGAAAUCACUGGCUAUGUGUUGGAAAAAAUGGAUUUGGAUACUGGACGAUGGAUUCCAGCUGGAGAAACCGGUCCUAAUGAAAAGUCCUUCACGUUCUCCGGUCUAACACCCAAGAAGAAAUACAAGUUCCGUGUUAAGGCUGUAAACAAGGAAGGCGAAUCUGAACCCUUGGAAGUUGAAGAAGCUAUUGUCGCCAGGAAUCCUUACGACGAGCCUGGUAAGCCUGGCAAGCCUGAAAUCUUCGACUACGACAACGUCAGUGUGUCACUGAAAUGGGAAAAACCAAAGAACGACGGUGGACGACCGAUCACGCAUUAUACUGUUGAAAUGAAGGAUAAAUUCGCCGUCGACUGGGUCGAAGUGAUGAAGACCACCGACUCGACUCCCGAGGCUAAAGUAGAAGGCCUUAAAGAAAAGAUGGUUUAUCAAUUCCGUGUUCGUGCUCACAACAAGGCUGGUUCUAGUGAACCCAGCGAACCUACGGACAACCAUCUUUGCAAGCACAAGAACUUGAGACCGAGAAUCGAUCGAACGAAUUUCAAAUCAAUCAUCAUCAAGGCUGGCCGUACACAUAAGUGGUCAGUGGAUGUCAGUGGUGAACCUGCACCAGAAACCAGGUGGAUCUGGAGAGACAACAUCCCUUUGACCACCACCGAACGUAUCAAAAUCGACAAUGUCGACUAUCAUACCGAUUUCACAAUUGUCAAUGCGAUGCGCAAAGAUACCGGAAAGUACACUCUUAUUGCCGAGAACGCCAACGGCAAGGACGAAGAAACCGUCGAACUUACGGUACUAGGAAAACCGAGUGCUCCUAAAGGACCUCUGGAAGUUACUGAUGUCACAAACACCACAGCUAAAGUGAAAUGGGAGAAACCCGAAGAUGAUGGUGGUGUGCCGAUCAAAGAAUACGAGAUCGAAAAGAUGGACACAAAAACCGGAAAAUGGGUCAGAGUGGGCAAGGUGCCUGGGAACUCGCCCAAUACGGAAUUCGAGGUCACCGGCCUGAAUCCCGGAAGCGAAUACAAAUUCCGCGUGACUGCUGUCAACGAUGAAGGUGAUUCGGAACCCUUAGAAAGUGAGCGUGGCAUUAUUGCCAAGAACCCAUACGAUGAACCGUUGAAGCCAGGAACGCCGGAAGUCACCGAUUACGAUAACGAAUCCAUAAGUUUGAAGUGGACCCCGCCUGAUUUCGAUGGAGGAGCGCCGAUCGAGAAAUAUAUCAUUGAGAAGAAAGAUCGGUAUAAGCCCGAUUGGGAAAAGGCCAUCGAGGUGCCUGGAAAUCAACUCGAUGCCAAAGUACCGGACUUAAAAGAAAGAGGCGAAUAUCAGUUCCGAGUCAUCGCCGUGAACAAGGCCGGACCUUCACCUCCAUCGGAUGCAUCGAAGAUGCAGAUCUGCAAGCACAAAGCUCUGAAACCGAGAAUCGACAGAACGAACUUGAAACAAAUUACCGUGCGAGCGGGCAAAAUUGUCAAGUAUGACAUAGAUGUGCGCGGUGAACCACCACCAGAGAUCACGUGGUACCACGCCAACAGCGAGGUGAAAUCCGGUGAGAACAUUGAGAUCGUCAAUGUCGAUUACAACACGAAACUCACCAUCAGCGAUAGUUUGCGCAAGAAUACCGGUAUAUGGAAGAUCAAGGCUGUUAAUCCUCAUGGCGAGGACGAGGCGGAAGUCGAAGUGACUAUAUUAUCGGCUCCUGGAAAGCCAAAAGGACCGCUCAAAGUGGCGGAUGUCACGAAGAACGGCUGCAAGUUGAAAUGGGGCAAACCGGAGGAUGACGGCGGCAAGCCGAUCACUGGCUAUCAAGUGGAAAAAUUAGACAAAGCAACAGGCAGAUGGGUACCCGUUGGUCGUACUGCGGAUACUGAAAUGGACGUAAAGGGUCUUCAAGAGGGACACGAGUACGAGUUCAGAGUGAAAGCUCUGAAUGAAGAAGGAGAGUCGGAACCGCUCGUGUCGGACGGCUCUACGAUCGCGAAGAAUCCUUACGACGUGACUAGCAAGCCUGGAACACCAGAAUUCGAGGAUUGGGACGUCGAUCGUGUGGACCUAAAGUGGGAACCUCCCAAGGACAAUGGUGGUGCGGCGAUCACCGGAUAUAUCAUCGAAAAGAAAGAGAAACCGUCUUCGCAAUGGGAAGAAGCUCUCGUCACAGACUCGCCUCAACCGAAAGGCCGUGUUACCGGCUUGAAGAAGGGUUCUACUUAUCAAUUCCGCGUCCGUGCUGUUAAUAAGGCUGGACCUAGCGAGCCUAGCGAUCCGACCAAACCGCAUGUUGCUAAAGCGAGAUUCUUGAAACCACACAUUAAUCGUGACAAGCUACAAACUAUCAAAGUCAGAGCAGGCCAAUUGGUCAAGCUCGAAGUUGAUAUCGAAGGUGAGCCUCCUCCAACUGUCACAUGGAGCUUUGCCGGUACACCGCUCCAGACUGGAGCCAACGUGAAAAUCGAUAACGAAGAUUACCUCACUAAAAUUCAGUUGACGAACACUAGCCGGAAGUUAACUGGCAAAUAUACUAUCAAAGCUGUGAACGAUUCCGGACAAGAUGAAGCCGAUGUGGAAAUUAAUAUUCUCGACAAACCUGGCAAACCAGAAGGACCAUUGGAAGUGACGGACGUGCAUAAGGAGGGCUGCAAAUUGAAGUGGAACAAACCGAAGGACGACGGUGGUCUUCCUCUGUCCAGCUAUAUAGUGGAAAAAAUGGAUGUGACAACGGGUCGUUGGGUACCAGCCGGCAUCGUGGACCCUGACAAAACUGAGCACACUCUCACCGGCUUGGAACCUGGCAAGAAGUAUGAGUUUCGUGUGAAGGCCGUGAACGAAGAGGGAGAGUCGGAGCCUCUACAAACUGAUACCGCUAUCGUAGCUAAGAAUCCAUACGAUGCUCCAGCGGCACCUGGACUUCCAGAGAUCAUCGAUUGGUCGGAGAACAUGGUGAAACUCAAAUGGGAACCACCGAUAAGGGACGGUGGUGCGCCAAUCACUGGAUACAUCAUCGAGAUGAAAGACAAGUUCGGCACCAACUUCGUCAAAGCGGCUGAAGUGGAAGGACCUAUAUGCACCGGGACUGUUCCCAGGUUGGAAGAAGGCAAUCAAUAUCAAUUUAGAGUACGUGCGGUCAACAAGGCUGGUCCUGGUGAACCUAGCGAAGCCACCAAUCCGCAUACCGCUAAAGCUCGCUGGCUAAAACCGUACAUCGAUCGCACGAACUUGCAAGGUUUAACAGUGAAGGUUGGCCUUACUGUGAGUUUGGACAUUAACAUAAUUGGUGAACCACCUCCAAAGGUCACUUGGACCUUCAAAGACAAGGAACUCGUGUCAGAUGAUACAAUACGCAUCGACAAUAUUGAUUAUAACACCAAGUUUUUCAUCCUGAAGACUAAACGCGUACAUACCGGCAAGUACGUGAUCAGGGCAAAGAACGAGGUCGGCGAGGAUACCGCCGAAGUGGAAAUCACCGUGCUCGGCAAGCCAAGCAAGCCAAAGGGCCCGUUGGAAGUAACAGACGUGAACAAGCACGGAUGCAAACUCAAGUGGGACAAACCCGAAGACGACGGCGGCGCGCCGAUCGAGUACUACGAAAUCGAGAAGUUAGAUCCUCUCACGGGACAAUGGAUACCUUGCGGUCGCAGUACUGAACCGGAAGCCACCAUCACCGGAUUGCAGGAGGGCAAGCCUUAUAAAUUCCGCGUGAAAGCGGUCAACAGAGAAGGAGAAUCCGAGGAUUUGGAAGCAGACAAAUCUAUCAUAGCCAAGAAUCCAUUCGAUGAACCAGGCAAGCCUGGACGACCAGAACUCAAGAAUUGGGACAAGGACUUUGUAGAUCUCGAAUGGACUCCGCCCAAGGACGAUGGCGGUGCACCGAUCGAAAAAUAUAUUGUACAAAUGCGAGACAAAGAGGGUAGACAGUGGGUGGAUGUCGCUAAGGUUCCAGGAGAACGCACUGCUACCAGGGUAACCGAUGGUAUUCAGGAAGGACAUGAGUAUGAAUUCAGGGUCGUGGCGGUGAACAAAGCUGGACCUGGUGAACCGAGCGACACCUCGAAGAGCGUCGUUGCCAAACCCCGAUUCUUGGCUCCACAUAUCGAUCGCAAGAAUCUUCAAAAGAAAGUUAUGCGAGUCGGCCAGAUGUUGCGGCUCGAGGCUGACAUCAAAGGCGAACCGCCUCCAGUCGUUACUUGGAAACUUAAAGAUACAGUACUGAAGAGUAUGGAUCGUCUCAAGAUCGAGAACGAAGACUAUCACACUAUGUUUAUCCUCAACAAGCUCCAGCGUUCUGACACCGGUACUUACACUGUCAUCGCCAAGAACGACAGUGGCACUGAUCAAGUUGAAGUCGAGCUUCAGGUGUUGAGCAAACCCAGCAAACCGAAAGGUCCACUCGAGGUAUCUGACGUAACCGCGGAAGGUUGCAAAUUGAAGUGGAACAAACCCGAUGACGAUGGUGGCGAGCCAGUUGAUCAUUACGUCAUCGAGAGGAUGGAUGUAGAUACCGGACGUUGGGUACCAUGUGGCACCAGCAAGACUCCAGAGGCAGACGUGUCUGGCCUAAACGAAGGCAAAGAUUAUCAAUUCCGUGUGAAAGCUGUUAACUCUGAAGGCGAGUCCGAGCCUCUGGAGACGAGUAUACCAACCACUGCCAAGAAUCCUUACUCCGAGCCCGACGCACCCGGCAAGCCAGAAUUGAAAGACUGGUCAAAGAAUCAUGUAGACUUGAAAUGGAAGGCCCCGAAGAAGGACGGCGGUGCUCCUAUCGAGAAGUAUAUUAUCGAGAAGAAAGACCAAUACGGCAAGUGGCAAAAGGCCGCGGAAGUGCCGGGUAAUAAGACAGAAGGUAAAGUGCCAGAUUUAGUGGAAGGUCAAAAAUAUCAAUUCCGGGUAAAGGCUGUUAACAAGGGCGGCCAAAGUAAACCUAGCGAGCCCAGCGACACGUUGACUGCCAAGGAUCGCUAUGCCGCACCGAAGAUCGAUCGCACCAACCUGAAGGACAUCACAAUCAAGGCUGGUAACAUCAUUCGAUUGGACGUCAAGGUGACGGGCGAACCACCACCAAGCAAGACUUGGUUCCUGAACAAAGCUAAGCAAGAGUCCAGCAACGGCUUGACUAUCGAGGUGGAGGACUACAAGACGAAGUUUGUGGUCUCGUCGGCAACCAGAGCGCAUUGUGGCACUCUAACAUUAAAGGCGGAGAACAGCUCCGGCAAAGAUGAGGCGUCGAUCGAAAUUUUGGUGUUAGACAAACCCAGCAAGCCGGAAGGACCGCUCAAGGUCUCAGACGUGCACAAAGAGGGCUGUACUCUUAAAUGGAAUCCACCUUUGGACGACGGCGGUGCUCCCUUGGAUCACUACGUGGUCGAAAAAAUGGAUACAGAAACCGGUAGAUGGAUACCUGUCGGACGCACCAAGGAUCCCAAUAUGGUGGUGGAGAAUUUGGCGCCUGGACAGGAAUACAAGUUCCGAGUCGCGGCUGUAAAUGCGGAGGGCGAGUCUGAGCCGUUGGAGACCGAACAUGGAAUCAUCGCGAAGAAUCCAUUCGAUGAACCCGGCGCACCAGGACGUCCAGAAGCGACUGACUGGGACAAGGAUCACGUGGACUUGCGAUGGACCCCACCGUUGAACGACGGCGGAUCUCCAAUCACCGGAUACGUGAUCGAGAAACGGGAAAAGGGUGCGCCCAAAUGGAUCAAAGCUUGCGAGACUGGGCCGGAUUGCAAAGGUCGUGUCGACAAUCUCGACGAGGGUGUCGAGUACGAGUUCAGAGUCAAAGCUAUCAAUGCUGCGGGACCUGGUGAGCCGUCUGACGCCAGCAAACCGGUCAUCGCCAAGAGUCGAAGACUCGCACCGAAGAUCGACAGACGAAAUCUGCGCGAUAUAACUGUACGCGAGAACGAGGGAUUCCACUUCGACGUGAAGAUCAUUGGCGAACCGCCGCCAGACGUCACGUGGGUGAUCAACAACAAGAGUAUCCAGCAGACCACUUAUCGCAGGAUACAGAAUGUCCCUUACAACACCAAAUUCUACAACGACAAGCCCGAGCGUAAGGAUAGUGGCACUUAUAAGAUCACGGCAGUCAACCAGCACGGAUCUGACACCGCUGAAGUUGAAGUUACCGUUAUUUCCAAGCCUGGCAAACCGGAAGGACCACUGGAGGUAUCCGACGUGCACAAGGAAGGAUGCACACUCAAAUGGAAGAAACCCAAGGACGAUGGUGGAGAACCGAUCGAGGGUUACCUUGUGGAGAAAUUCGAUCCAGAAACUGGAGUUUGGCUACCAGUCGGUAAAACUACUGGGCCUGAAAUGAAAGUUGAAGGACUGACACCUGGACACGAAUAUAAAUUCCGAGUAAAGGCGCUCAAUAAGGAAGGAGAGUCUGAACCGUUGGAGACCUUCAGCUCCAUCAUAGCCAAAGAUCCGUUCACUGUGCCAACUGCUCCUGGAGCACCGGAGCCGGUCGAUUGGACAGCCAACCAAGUAGAACUCACUUGGAAAGAGCCCGUUAGCGAUGGUGGUUCACCCAUCACGGGUUAUAUCAUCGAAAAGAAAGAUAAAUAUAGUACUAUGUGGGAGAAGGCCUUGGAAACUGAUACACCAGUUACUAAAGCUUUGGUACAUGGUCUGAUAGAAGGCAACGAUUAUCAGUUCCGCGUGAUUGCCGUGAACAAGGCCGGUCAAUCGGAGCCAGGUGAAGCCAGCAAGACGUUCACGGCUAAACCACGCUUCUUGGCCCCGAAGAUCGACAGGCGCAAUUUGAGGGACGUUACCCUGUCCGCUGGCUCGAUGCUGAAGUUCGACGCCAACGUGAUCGGCGAGCCGCCGCCACACAUCGAGUGGCGUUACGGCGCGAUACCUUUGCAUUCCGACAGGAAGGUGCAGAUCGACAACAGCGACUACAACACCAAGUUCAGCAUACGGCCGGUAUCGCGGGACGACAGCGGCGAUUAUACUGUCACUGCGAGCAACUCGUCGGGCAAAGACUCGGUGACGGUGCAAGUGACAGUGACGGACAAGCCGACGCCGCCUGAGGGACCGCUUCAGGUGACGGAUGUGCACAAGGAGGGAUGCAAACUGAAGUGGAAGAGGCCUAAGGACGACGGAGGCACACCUAUUGAGUACUACCAGGUGGACAAGAUGGAUCCGGAGACCGGAUGUUGGGUACCUUGCGGACGUUCCACCGAGCCGAAUCUUGAGGUAACAGGUCUAACACCUGGCAAAGAGUACCUCUUCCGCGUGGCCGCCGUCAAUGCUGAAGGAGAGUCGAAACCCUUAGAAGCGGAGCAAGCGAUAUUAGCCAAGAAUCCGUUCGACGAGCCGGGCAAACCGGGUGAUCUCCGUGCUACCGACUGGGACAAGGAUCAUGUAGAUCUCAAGUGGACGCCACCCGAGAGCGACGGCGGUUCACCGAUCACCGGUUACGUUAUCGAGAAGAAAGACAAAUACGGCGAAUGGGAGAAGGCGCUGGAAGUGCCUGCGGAUGAGACUUCCGCUACCGUACCCGACCUCAUUGAAGGUCAACCGUACGAGUUCCGCGUGCGAGCGGUGAACAAAGCCGGUCCGGGUGAACCUUCAGACGCCACACCGACCAUCAUUGCCAAGCCGCGCAACCAAGCGCCGAGAAUCGAUCGCACGAAUCUGAUCGAGGUGAGAAUCAAAGCAGGCCAGAACUUCAGCUUCGACUGCAAGGUGACGGGUGAGCCACCACCGACUACUAAAUGGAUGCUGAACGGCAAAGAAGUUCGGCCGUCCGAACGUGUCAAAGUGAAACACGUAGACUACAACACCAGUCUGAAUGUGAGAAUGGCCACGAGGGCGGAAUCUGGCAAGUAUACCGUCAUCGCGGAGAACAUCAAUGGCAAGGACGAGGCCUUCGUCAAGGUCACUGUCUUGGACAAGCCGAGUCCGCCACAGGGUCCGCUCAGGGCGACCGACGUGCACGCCGAAGGAUGCAAACUCACGUGGAAACCACCCGAAGACGAUGGUGGACAGCCGGUUGACAAAUACGUCGUAGAGAAAAUGGACGAGGCUACCGGCCGCUGGGUGCCGGCCGGAGAAACCGAUGGGCCGGAAACGAACCUGCAAGUGGAGGGUCUGACACCGGGCCACAAGUAUAAGUUCCGGGUAAGGGCUGUCAACAAGCAGGGCAAGUCGGAGCCGCUCACCGCCAUGCAGAGCAUCGAGGCGAAAAAUCCAUUCGACGAACCAGGAAAACCCGGUACGCCAUCGGUGGUUGAUUACGACACAAACUUCGUCGAGCUUCAAUGGGAUCGUCCUGAGGAAGACGGUGGAUCACCGAUCACUGGUUACAUCAUAGAGAAACGCGACAAGUAUAGCCCAACAUGGGAGAAAUGUGCGGAAGUUGAUGGUGACGUGAAUCGUGGUAAAGUUGAGGACUUGGUUGAGGGAACUCAAUAUGAAUUCCGCGUAAGGGCUGUCAACAAGGCUGGUCCUGGUGAACCGUCCGAGGCGUCGAAGGCUCAUGUGGCACGACCUAAGAACCUUCCACCGAAGAUCGACAGGAAAUAUAUGCUGGAUGUGAAAGUCCGUGCCGGCGGCUUCUUCGACUUUGACGUGCCGGUGAUUGGCGAGCCGCCGCCAAGCAAGGAAUGGUCGUUGAAGGAUGUGGCAGUGAUGGCGAGUGACCGCAUCAAGAUCACCAACGAGGAUUACAACACCAAAGUGCGCAUAAUAGAGGCGAAACGUUCCGACUCCGGCGUCUACACCUUAGUAGCCAGGAAUGUGAACGGUAAAGAUAGCGCUACGUUGACCGUAAACGUACUGGACGUACCUUCUCCACCGGAAGGUCCGCUAAAGGUGGACAACGUCACCAAAAACGGAUGCACGCUGAAGUGGCGACCGCCAAAGGACGACGGUGGCUCCGAGAUCCAAUAUUAUCAGGUCGAGAAGAUGGAUACGGAAAACAUGCGUUGGGUGCCCGUGGCCGAAGCUAACACCACCUCCGCACGAGUAGAUCAUCUGAUCGAAGGCCAUGACUAUCAGUUCCGUGUGCGCGCAGUCAAUAAGCAGGGAGAAUCUCAGCCGUUGACUGGAAUGGACAUCAUCACUGCCAAGGAUCCUUUCGGCAAGCCAGACAAACCCGGAGCACCGGUAGCCACUGACUGGGACAAGGACCACGUGGAUCUCGAAUGGGCACCACCCAAGAAAGACGGUGGGUCGCCUAUAACCGGAUAUAUCAUCGAGAAGAAACCUCGUUUCGGACAAUGGGAGAAGGCUGCCGAGAUACCCGGAGACAAAACCAGUGCCACAGUGCCGGACUUGGUAGAGGGUCAGGAAUACGAGUUCAGGGUGAUAGCUGUGAACAAGGGUGGACCGGGCGAGCCAUCCGAUGCGUCGGCGCCGGUUAUCGCCAAGCCGCGUUUCAUUGCUCCUUCGUUCGACACACACUUACUGCAUGACUUGGUGGUACGCGCUGGUCAGAAGAUUGGCUAUACCAUUCCCAUCGUGGCGUCGCCUAAACCAAAAGCAACUUGGACUCGCGACGGAAUUAAAAUCGUGGCUGACGCCCGUCACGAGAUGUAUACUACCAACACGGAGACAUCCUUCGAGAUUCCGUUUUCUGUGCGCGGUGACACUGGACGUUACACUUUAACGUUGGAGAAUGAGCAUGGCAGCUUUAGCGCCAGCGCAAGAGUCACCGUUCUUGACAGACCGGCGCCACCGGAGGCGCCGUUAGACGUCAGCAACAUCACCAAAGAAGGUUGUCAUUUGAACUGGGGUCAUCCUCUCGACGACGGCGGCAGUCCCAUUCUGCAUUAUGUUAUCGAGAAAAUGGACCUAUCUCGAGGAACUUGGUCCGACGCGGGCAUGAGCAUGGUGUUGAGUCACGAGGUCAGUCGUUUGACUCAUCGCAAGGAGUAUCUGUUCCGUGUGAAAGCUGUCAACAAUAUCGGAGAGUCCGAUCCGCUCGAGACUACGAAGAGCAUAAUCGCGAAGAACGAAUUCGAUGAACCAGACGCGCCUGGCAGGCCACUUAUUACAGACUGGGACAAGGAUCACGUGGACUUACAGUGGCCAGCGCCGAAGAGCGAUGGUGGCUCGCCGAUCAAGGGCUACAUCGUUCAAAAGAAGGAAAAAGGUAGCCCUUAUUGGGUCAACGCGGUACACGUACCAGCAGGUCAAACCAGCACGACCGUUCCGGACCUAACGGAAGGCCAGGAAUACGAGUUCCGUGUGAUAGCUGUCAAUGCCGCCGGUCAAUCCGAGCCAUCUGAGCCCAGCGACCUCGUCACUGCCAAACCUCGAUAUCUGGCUCCGAAGAUCAAGACACCAUUGCAAGAUAUUCGUAUUAAGGCUGGACUCAUUUUCCACGUGGACAUUGACUUCAUCGGCGAGCCAACGCCGGAGGUAACAUGGAGCGUUGGAAGCAACGAGCUGCAGACCAACGACAGGACGACAAUCACGUCAAUAGGCUACCACACGAUCGUGCACAUAGUCAACGCUAAGAGAACCGACUCGGGAUUGUAUCACCUGCUGCUGAAAAACAGCAGCGGCAUAGACGAGGGUAGUUUCCAAAUGACCGUCCUGGACAAACCUGGUCCACCAGAAGGUCCUUUGCAAUAUGAAGAGAUCACCAGCCAGUCCGUCACACUUUCUUGGAAGCCACCCAAGGACAACGGUGGCAGCGAGCUUACUGGAUAUGUUAUCGAGAAACGCGAUAUCACUCAUGGUGGUGGUUGGGUACCAGCAGUUACGCAUGUUAAUCCCAAGUACAAUCACGCUACAGUGCCAAGAUUGCUCGAGGGAACUACAUACGAAUUCCGUGUGUGCGCGGAAAAUCUUCAAGGCCGCUCAGAGCCAUUGACUACCGACCGAUCUGUCGUUGCCAAGAAUCAAUUCGUGGCUCCUGGACAACCGGGCAAGCCGGAAUGUGUGGACGCCGACAAAGACCACAUUAAGAUCAAAUGGACUCCCCCGAUCAGCAACGGCGGCUCCAAAAUCAUCGGUUACGACGUGGAACGUCGCGAUCGCGCUACCGGACGCUGGAUAAAACAGAACAAAGAACCUGUCAAGUACCCCGAGUAUUACGACGAUCAUGUAACCGAAGGUCAUCAGUAUGAGUACCGAGUGUCAGCCAUAAACGCCGCCGGUGCUGGAAAACCCAGCGAGACUUCGUCCGUGUUCACGGCUAAGCCCAUGAAAGAAAAGCCGAAGCUCUACUUGGACGCUCUAAUCGGCCGCAAGAUCAAGGUUCGUGCUGGAGAACCGAUCAACAUCAACAUACCGUUGUCCGGCGCGCCCACGCCGAAGAUCGAAUGGACCAAGUCUGGAAGAUCGCUCAUGGAAACCCUCCGUCUGUCCACCGAAACUAAGAGCGAUCGAACACAGUUGUUGAUCGACAAAUCGGUCCGAGAUGAUAGCGGUAGUUAUACAGUAACCGCGUCGAAUGAGCAUGGAAAGGAUUCGGCCGAUAUCGAGGUGAUAGUCGUGGACAAGCCUGGACCACCUCAAGGUCCUCUGCAGUACACCAGCACGACGCAGGAGUCCGUCAGUCUCUCGUGGAAUCCGCCAGCAGACGACGGUGGAUCCGACAUCACCAACUAUAUCGUCGAGGUGUCGGAUUACGGAUCUGAUAAUUGGCGACAGGCACCUGGUUAUUGUCCCAGGACAAACUUUACGGCAAAAGGCCUGACUGAGGGCAAGAAGUAUGUCUUCAGGGUCCGUGCUGAGAACAUGUACGGUGUAUCAGAGCCCCUGGAGGGCAAGCCUGUGAUCGCCAAGAGUCCCUACGACCCGCCAGAUGCGCCUAGCCAGCCUGAAAUUCUUGGCUACACUCCCAACAGCUGCAGCCUCACUUGGAACCCGCCUAUCAAUACCGGCGGCAAACCUAUCACCGGUUAUUAUGUGGAGAGACGUGAGCGUGGUGGUGAAUGGUUGAAGGUGAACAAUUACCCGACGCCGAAUACAACAUUUACUGUACAAGAUCUUCAUGAGGGCACCCGAUACGAGUUCAGGGUGAUUGCUGUCAAUGAAGCUGGCCCUGGGAAACCUAGCAAGCCCACUGAACCUAUUACAGCUGGACACCAACGUCGUCGUCCUGACGCACCUGAGCCGCCUAAGGCAGACAGGAUAACCAAGGAUUCGGUGACGUUGAGUUGGCGACCACCACGAAGUGACGGCGGUGCGAAGAUCAGAGGCUACAUCAUCCAGAAGAAGGCUAAGGGCGAAGAUGAGUGGUCAGAUGUGAAUGGCGCGCCCGUACCGAGCAACGUAUACACCGUGCCGAAGCUAAAGGAAGGUGAAGAGUACCUCUUCAGAGUAUUCGCGGUGAACGAUGUCGGUAGCAGCGACCCAAGCCGACCUAGCAACCCCAUUGUCAUCGAGGAACAACCCAACAAACCAGUCAUGGAUCUCGGAGGUGUCCGAGACAUCACCGUUCGCGCUGGCGAGGACUUCUCCAUUCACGUGCCCUAUGUCGGCUUCCCCAAGCCGACUGCUGCGUGGUUUGCCAAUGACGUCGUCAAGGAUGAGACUGAUCCGCGCGUGCAUCAGCAACUGGCCGAUGAUUUUGCCAGCCUUGUGGUAAAGAACUCGAAACGUUCUGACGGAGGACAAUACAGACUCCAAUUGCGCAACCCAUCCGGCUUCGAUACGGCGACUGUCAACGUGAAAGUCCUCGAUCGUCCAAUGCCACCCGAAAAUCUUCGAGCUGACGAAUUUGGUGGUGAUGCUCUUACUCUCUUCUGGAGCCCGCCUAAAGAUAACGGUGGUGCUGAUAUCACCAACUAUGUGAUUGAGAAGAAAGAACCAAAGGCCGCUACAUGGUCUAAGGUGAGCAGCUACGUCACAACACCGUUUGUGCGAGUGAGGAAUCUAACAGUUGGCCAAGUUUAUGAAUUCCGGGUGAUGGCUGAGAAUCAGUACGGCACCUCGGACCCGGUGACAACGAUCGAUCCAAUCAAGGCAAGACAUCCCUUCGAUCCUCCGGGCGCUCCUGGCACACCUCGCGGUGUGGAGACGACAGAGGAUAGCAUCACCAUCACAUGGACUAAGCCUCGUCACGAUGGCGGUUCUCCAAUCAUUGGAUACGUUGUCGAAAAGCGUCUCCUAAGUGAGGACAAAUGGGUCAAGGCCACACCGGCUCUGGUACACGACACCACUUACAGGGUCACUGGACUGAUCGAGAAUCACGAUUACGAGUUCCGUGUAGCUGCGGAAAAUGCUGCAGGUCGUGGACCUUGGAGUUCCAAUUCCGAUGUUAUUCGUGCUAGUGCUCCACCAUUCCCGCCAAAGAUCACAAGCGAUCUCAGCAUCCGCGAUAUGACCGUGAUCGCUGGAGAACCAUUCACUAUCACGGUACCGUACACAGCUAACCCCAAGCCAAGACCGAGCUGGUCCAUCAACGGCGAGGAAGUACUAACCGGUGAGAGAAUUAAGUUCGAGACGAGCGACGUGGCCUCACAAUUUAUUAACAAAAAGGCGAAGAGAUCGGACACUGGAACGUACACGAUAUAUCUCACGAACACUGUCGGCACGGAUUUCGCUUCAUGCAAAGUCCUUGUUGUCGACAAGCCAUCGCCACCAUUGGCACCUUUGGAUAUCUCCGAUAUCACUCCAGAAACUUGCACGUUGACAUGGAAGCCACCGUUCGACGAUGGCGGUUCACCGAUUACAAAUUACAUCGUUGAGAAGCUGGAUCCGGCUGGUUUCUGGGUGAAACUCAGCAGCUUCGUAAGAAACACGCAUUAUGACGUGAUCGGUCUAGAGCCGAACCGCACGUACAACUUCCGCGUAAGAGCGGAGAAUCAGUACGGCGUGUCCGAUCCGCUGCAAGCUGACGAACCGAUAACGGCCAAGUUCCCAUUCACGGUACCAGAUCCACCUGGACAACCACGUGUCAUCGAUUGGGACACCUCGAACGCUACUGUGGUUUGGACAAAGCCAUUGUCCGACGGUGGAUCUCGCAUUCAGGGCUACAAAAUCGAAUUCCGCGAUCCCGCUGAAGACGUACAAUGGCGCGUGGCGAAUGACUACCUCUUCAAGGACACCACGUACGUAUGCUACAAUCUACUGAGCGGCCACGAGUACGAGUUCAGAAUUCGUGCAAAGAACGCAGCCGGCUUCAGCAAGCCGAGCCCACCGUCCGCACCCUUCAGGCUCAAGAGCAAGUUCAACGUACCAUCGCCACCUGGCACGCCGCAAGUCGUCAAAGUCGGCAAGAAUUAUGUUGAUCUCAGGUGGGAGCCACCAAUAUCUGACGGUGGUAGCAGAAUCACUGGCUACAUAAUUGAAAAGCGCGAGGUGGGUAGCGCAAUGUGGGCCAAGUGCAACGAAUAUAACGUCAUGGACACCGAGUACACUGUCAUGCAUCUGAUCGAGCGGGGAGACUACGAGUUCCGUGUUUUCGCGGUCAACGCGGCCGGCAAGUCCGAACCGAGCUCAUGCACUACCCCGGUGAAAAUCUGCGAAGUCGAAGGUGGCGAGAAGCCCGAAUUCAUCAGAAACUUGCCCAUCAGUCAGAUCAUACCACUCGGCAAGACCCUUGUCCUCGAAUGUGAGGCCACGGGUAAACCUUUGCCGACUGCCAGGUGGUUGAAGAACGGCCGAGAGAUCACUCUAGGAGGUCGUUUCCGUUCGGAAGCGCUGAACGGCAUCUACAGGCUGGUGAUCUCCGAGGUGUGGGACGCGGACGACGGCGACUAUAGCUGCCAGAUCUCGAACACACUUGGCAUCGCCACGACCACGUGCAGGCUAAAGAUCGGCACGCCACCACGCAUCGAGCGCAUGCCAGGAGAUCUCUACUUACCAGAACGCGACAACACGAAGAUCAAGAUCUACUACAGCGGUGACCAGCCGAUGGAAGUGACUUUGAAGAAAGACGGCCGCCAGAUUGUGGAGACCACACACAUCAAAUACACGGUCUUCGACGAGUACCUCAUUAUCUUCAUCAAAGAUAUCCAGAAGGACGAUGCUGGUACUUACGAUUUGUCCAUCUCCAACGACAGCGGCAGUGUCAGCGCGUCCUUCAACGUCUAUAUUACCGGAUUGCCUGGACCUCCGAUCGGUCCUCUCGACGUCUCCGAUAUCGACAAGCAUACCUGCACUCUAUCCUGGCAUCCGCCCAAAUACGAUGGCGGCCUCAAGGUUACCCACUAUGUGGUGGAGCGUCGCGAUAUCAGCCACACGCAUUGGAUCAUCGUGUCGUCCUUCUGCAAGGACACUACCUUCGUCGUACAGGGUCUCACCGAGGGUCAGGAGUACCUCUUCAGGGUGAUGGCAGUCAACGACAAUGGCAUGGGCCCGCCGUUAGAGGGUACUAAUCCGAUCAAGGCGAAGGCACCCUUCGAUCCACCAGGACCACCCGGUACACCAAAAGUCAUCGAGGUCGGAGGCGACUUCGUCAAUCUAUCGUGGGAGAAACCAGAGACAGAUGGCGGCGCCAAGAUCCAGGGCUACUGGAUAGACAAGAGAGAGAUUGGCAGUCAGGCCUGGCAGCGUGUAAACGUCAGUAUCUGCCUGCCGACACAAAUCAACAUCAGCAACCUCAUCGAAGGCAGGCAGUACGAGUUCCGAGUGUUCGCUCAGAAUGUGGCUGGCAUCAGUCCGGAAUCGAUGGCCUCGACCUCCGUGAAGAUCGUCGACCCGCAGGCGGCUAAGGCUCCGGAGAUUAUCCAGCCACUCCAGAAGGUGAACUGCGUGCAGAACCACAACGCCCACUUCCAAUGCAAGAUUAUCGGCACACCGAAACCGACCAUCACCUGGUUCAAGGGAGCCCGCGAGAUCGUCAGCGGUAGCCGUUACAACAUCUACUCCGAAGGCGAGGUACACAAUCUCAUUAUCCACGAUGUGUUUGGCGAGGAUGCGGACGAAUACUUUUGCCGUGCGGCGAACAAGUGCGGCGUGAAGUCAACGAAGGGCGAACUCUUCAUUAAGACGCCACCUAAACUGAACGUACCGCCGCGAUUCCGCGACACCGCUUUCUUCGACAAAGGUGUGAACGUCAUCAUCAAGAUUCCGUUCACCGGCUACCCCAAGCCGAAGAUCACAUGGGUGCGCGAGGGCGAGGUGAUCGAGUCCGGCGGUCAUUACGCCGUCGAGGUGAAGGAACGGCAUGCUGUGUUGACCAUCCGCGACGGCAGCCGCAUGGACUCCGGCCCGUACCGCAUCACCGCCGAAAACGACCUCGGCCAGGACUCCGCCAUCAUCAAAAUCCAAAUUAGCGAUCGUCCAGAUCCUCCCAGAUUCCCGCAAGUGGAUAACAUCGGCCACGAUUCGCUGGCAGUCAGCUGGAAACCGCCUGUCUGGGAUGGCGGCAGCAAUAUCACUAAUUAUGUAGUGGAAAAGCGGGAGCACCCAAUGAGCACCUGGAUUAGAGCUGGCCAUACCAGAUUCUGCACGUUAGCGGUAACUGGUCUCAGUCCAGGACACCAAUAUGACUUCAGAGUAUGCGCUGAGAACGUGUACGGGCGUUCAGACCCGAGUGAGGUGACACCGCUCAUCACCACCAAAGGCAUCAUCAAGAGAGAAUUCAAGAAGAAGGAAUACGAAGUGGACGCGACCGGCAAGAAGAUUCGCGGGCGCAGUGACGAGAAGCCGCGUGACUAUGACCAGUUUGUCUUCGACGUCUACAGCAAGUACGUGCCGCAGCCGGUAGAGAUUAAGCACACAUCAGUCUACGACAAAUAUGACAUCCUCGAGGAGAUCGGUACUGGUGCGUUCGGUGUGGUGCACCGUUGCCGUGAACGUACCACCGGCAACAUCUUUGCCGCCAAGUUCAUCCCAGUAUCGCAUGUGAUGGAGAAGGAAUUGAUUCGCAAGGAAAUCGACAUCAUGAAUCAGCUGCAUCAUCCUAAGCUGAUCAACCUGCACGACGCCUUCGAAGACGACGAUGAAAUGGUGCUGAUCUUCGAGUUCCUGUCCGGCGGCGAGCUGUUCGAGAGGAUCACGGCCGAAGGCUACACUAUGUCCGAGGCGGAAGUCAUCAAUUAUAUGAGGCAGAUUUGCGAAGGCGUUAAACAUAUGCACGAGAAGAACAUCAUCCACCUUGACAUCAAGCCGGAGAAUAUUAUGUGCCAAACUCGCAAUAGUACGAAUGUGAAGUUGAUCGACUUCGGUCUCGCCACUAAACUCGACCCGAAUGAAGUAGUGAAAAUCAGUACAGGCACGGCUGAGUUUGCUGCUCCGGAGAUUGUUGAGCGUGAGCCCGUCGGCUUUUACACUGAUAUGUGGGCUUGCGGUGUAUUGGCUUAUGUCCUAUUGAGCGGUCUCUCGCCAUUUGCCGGCGACAACGAUAUCGAGACCUUGAAAAACGUGAAAGCGUGCGACUGGGACUUCGACGAGGAGGCGUUCCGCGACGUUUCCGAAGAGGGCAAAGAUUUUAUCAGACGGUUACUCGUCAAGAAUAAAGAGAAGCGCAUGACCGCACACGAGUGCCUUCUUCACCCGUGGCUGACCGGCGACCAUAGCAAAUGGACCAACCCGAUCGCCAGCAGCCGUUACCUCAGCAUCAGAGACAGACUGCGUGCCAAGUAUGAGAACUGGGAUAAGUAUGUACUUCCCAUUGGCCGCCUAGCCGAGUACUCGUCGCUCAGGAAGCUCUUAAUCGACAAAUAUAGGAUCUAUGACUCCUGCUUCGAUCGCCGACAAGCGGCGCCCAGAUUCGUUAUCAAGCCGCAAAGUGCGUUCGCCUACGAAGGACAGAGCGUAAAGUUCACUUGCCGUGUCAUAGCAAUCGCGGCUCCUACUUUGACUUGGUCGCACAAUAACCAAGAACUGCGGCAAUCCGUUAAAUUUAUGAAACGCUACCACGGUGAUGAUUAUACCUUCAUCAUCAACAGGGUUAAGUUGGAAGACAGAGGAGAAUAUAUCAUACGCGCGGAGAACCAUUACGGCUAUCGCGAGGAGGUCGUCUUCCUUAACGUGCAGCCAUUACCUAGAGAAAUCCCGAGAUAUAGGCCAGAACUGCAACCAGUGCGCAGACGAGAGCCGCUCGGUUAUAACGUGUGGCUGGAGAUGAUCGAGUCGGCGCCGAGCUUCACCUUCCUGCUGCGACCUCGUGUGAUCCAAGUCAGGCAGACCUGCAAGCUGCUUUGCUGCUUGAGUGGUAAUCCACCACCUACUGUGAAAUGGUACAAGGACAGAGAGGAAUUGUCUAAGUAUAACUAUCCUAUGAGCAAUGCCGACGGCGUCGUCACAAUGGAGAUCAUCGACUGCAAGCCGGAAGAUAGUGGCAAAUAUCGCUGCGUGGCCAGCAAUAAGCACGGCAAGGAUGAGACCAGUUGCGUGGUCAUCGUAGAAGGCACUGGAGAAACGGCAGAGCAAGUAAAAUUAGCGCACGACCUCCUACAUUCCGGAGAUCGAAGGUUCAUCGAGCAACCGCUGAAACCGGCACCACCACCGAUCGUGACGAUCCACAAAUCCAGCGGCUACAGCGGCUACAGUUCCACAACCAGUCAGGGUCAAACUUCCAUCUCUUCCUACAACGGCAUGCAAUCCACCACUUCCUCUUUGCAGAAGGACGUCAAAAUCAGCGAGUCCUCCGACAAACGAAGCAUCAAGAAAUAUGGCUCGAAACUUGACACCACCGGCAGUCCGUCACGAUCCAGGAGCACCACCAAAGAACUCAUCUGUCCCUCGGACGAUUCGAUGAGACCACCACAGUUUACUGAGAAGCUGAAGAAUCUCACAGUCAAUGACGGUGAACAGCUAGAGCUGACGGUGAAAGUUGACGGUGAUCCGGAACCGCAAAUUACUUGGAAUAAAAAUGGCAAAUUACUAAGCUCAUCAGAGAUUAUCGAUCUCAAAUAUAAAAACGGAGUGGCCACGCUCACGAUCAACGAGGUAUUCCCCGAGGACGAAGGCCAGUACACGUGUUUGGCGACCAACAGCAUUGGCAGCGACACAACAUCCUGCAAGCUGACCGUCAAACCCGUGGAGAAUGCUUCCGCGAAGAAGAAGGGCGACGACAAAUCGCCAAAGAUCGUGGACCACCUGAUGAGCAUGUAUGUGAAGGACGGCGAGGCUGUGACGCUCAGCUGCCGAAUAAUUGGCGCCAAGAAGUUCGACGUGAUAUGGUUGCACAACAACAAGGAGAUCAAGCCCAGCAAGGACUUCCAGUAUACCAACGAGGCUAACAUUUACAAACUGAUUAUCGCCGAGAUAUUCCCCGAGGAUUCCGGCACUUACACGUGCGAAGCGUUCAACGAUGCAGGAGAGAGCUACUCGUCGUGCACGUUAAGCGUACUCGCUCCAAAUGAGGAGCCGAAAAGCCCAGCGUUCGCGACAUUCCCCCAGUCUGCAACAGUGAGCGAAGGCGAGUCGGUGACUUUCACGUGCAAGACUGAUAUCGCGCCUCUGAAAGUAACUUGGCUGAAGGACGGCAAGGCGAUCCCCGAGACGAGCAGCAGAUACCACUUCAGCUCAGACGGUAACACGUCCUUCGAGUUCGGCAUCAAGACGUGCACGGCCAGCGACGUUGGCCAAUAUUCGGCGCGCGUGAUCGGCCAAAAGGGCGAGACGAAUUCGGCAUUCGCCCUCAACGUUGUUGGCGCCGGCGAACUGUGAAAUAAAUCUUAGUACCGGAUUAUACGUCGAUUAUUGCAAUACGACCGAGUCGCGGGGUGUCAACUACAUUGUAUUCUACGCGGAGAACACGCGGAUCUAGAUCCGGACUUGCGAAUUUUUUUCUCCAAACGCAAGGCAACAUCUACGAAGGGUCGGUCUUUGAUCGCGUUCCCCAAGAAGAAUAUAUGCCUCUGAUGCAGACGCUCAACGUCGACGUUAAACCACCUCCGACCGGUUGUUUUCACGCUUUCUACUGGCCUUUCAGCUUCCGCGAGACUUAACGAGAAUAUACAUACGCAACGCGCACGCGCGCGCACUUAUCAUUAAUGAAACAUCGCCUGCGUGAGCGUAUACACAUAUACACACACACACACACACACACACACGUACAUAUGCGCGCACGUACACAUAGAGAAACACACACACACACAUACAUCAUACGAACGAAAAACCGAAUGCGAGCCGAAAAUAAAAAACGGCUCAUUAUACAACGAUCGCGCGAUAUAUUUUAAGAUAUAUAACAUCUUUGUGUAAAAAUAAGGAGAACCGGAAGACUAUCUUAUAUUUUCUCGCGUAUAUACUAUACGUAAAUUAUUUGGGAACGCUGUAUCUUUUUCCUGUGUGUGUGUUUGUCAUGUCACAUGAACCGCGCAGUCGAGAUAAACAAGAAAACUUCGAAUUCGCGUCUCCAGCAAGCAUUAAAUGUGGAUAGCACUCGCAACUUAUUACGCUAAAUAUUCGGCUUUGCUGUAUUACACGACUCGGCAUACUUGAAUAUAUACAUAAACACACACAUACGCACACAUACUCACUUUAUUUACGACAUAUCGCGGUAGCGCUCAAAUCAAUCGGGCAUCUACAAACAAUUACGAUCAAACGAGAUUUCCCCGUUGAGAUCGCCAGCAUCCUCGACUAUCUAUUUUUAACAUCAACAUCUAAAAAUCUCAUCGGGAGAAUCUCUUGGCGACGUUCAAAACAACUGCAUGAUAUCUACAUGGCACUGCCGCGGUGUGUCCUCUUAUUCCACGUUAAUGGUACGCACCGUCGUGUUAUACUUGUUUGAAGACUGCUUCCGUCAGAAAAUUUACGAUAAAUAAAAGAUAUGAUUUAAAA